ACAAACGCCCACGAUCAUUGCUUGGAGGCUUGUUUUGACGCACACAGCAUCCACUCAGACUCGCCAUCUUUCUCACUUGGGCAUUCUCUGACUCAGGUGGCGCGUCGCAAGUGAGCAGCUGAUACAGGUGCAAAGGCAUCUAUGGCGUUCGCGCAAGCCGAACUACUCGUCGCCACCGCCUGGAGCAAAGUCGCGUAAUACAGAGGAGAUAGAAAGGUGAAGGUCGCUCGGCGUGACCCAUCUUGAACGCCCCCUCUCAACCACACCACUUGGACGCCGAGCAAUACUCCUGACAAGACUCACACUCGGCAUAAACCCUCCUCCACGAUGGAUUACAACUUUACAGGAUCCCUUUCGCAGAGGCGGAUCAAUUUGGGAGGCAGCAACGCUUCGGGAACUUCUUCUGCUCAGAUCGCAGCUUCCGCAAGAGCGGAUAGAGCAGCGAGACAGGAGAUUAGACGAAGAGAGAGCAGCGCUUUGAGGUUGCAAGCUUGGUGGAGAGCGUGUACAUGCAGAAGAGAGAUCGGAAGAAAGUGCGCGGAUGAGUUUUGGAGGGAUGUUGGGAGCGCAGAGAGGGAGAGGGAAGUGGUGCAAGUGAUCAGCAUGACUAGAAGCUUGAUCUGGGCAUUGAAAGGCAAUCAGCGCGGCGUUGCCGACAUGAUCGAGGCUUGGGCGCAUGUGCUGAUCGAAGAGGACUUGCUCUUUGCGCCAUUUGUGGAUGCUAACACAUCGGCAGCGCGGUCAUGGGCCACACAACUUCGUCUGUUGGUUCAGCCAUUGAUCAGCUGUCUGGCCUACAAAGCUCCAGCAGUUUCCUCUCUCACCAGACUCAAAGCAGCCCAGCAUGCCUUGCUCAUCCUGCACAAUCUCACACGGCCUCAAGGUAAGGCUGCACAGCUCAAAUCUCUCACAGGUCCCUUCCAGACGCUUGCUCAGCACUGGGCGCACACGUUGGUCAAGGCGGAUCUGCACAAAGCUUUGGCAGAUCAUCUCCUCUUCUUCCCUGCGGAUCGCAAGGCAUCGCCCACAUUGCCCCCCGCCGUCAGUCUUGCCCUUGCUCCCUUUACCGUCUUUGCUGCAUCCAGCGCUGGCACCAUUCAGAGGCCCAUUGAUGUGAAUGCGCAAAGUAUGGAUCUCGACAUCGAUCCACCAUCUCAAGCUCGCGCUCUGGCAACCGAUACCUUUGUUCGGCAUUUCUUGAACGUGCCAAACUUGCCAGCCCGCGUGCCCUUGCCGGCUUUGACGCAGCUCGUGUCUCACUUGCCGGGCACCGACGUACUGGAACGGGUGAUCGCGCUUGGAGCAAUCCGGGAAGCCUCUAGGAUAUCUCAAAGGUCAACGUCGGCGAGAGCGAUCCAGCGCAAAAAAGACUUGUCAGACGAGCCUUUCGCAGCUCUUUCGCGACCUCACAUUCUCGCCACGCUUGUCGCCCUCUUAUCUCCUCGCGUCCAUCAGUUCAACACAGCAUCGCUGCUCAAAUUCUACCUGGAUGCAUUGUCCACCCUGCAAGACGCCUUGCCGCGCUCAUUCUUCCAAGGUGCACUAGAUGAUAAGACGAGCGGAGCCACAACAGCUGCAGAUGCGCACUUUAUUGAGUCGCACAUCGAUGAGGUCGCUGCAGAAAAGGUCUCGAUCUCUUCCAGACCAGACAAUGCCACUUUCAAACGUCUGACGGGCAUCGUGGCUCCUCAUCAUCUGCAAGCGAUCUUGGCAGCAUCCAACAAGAAUCCUUCUACUCGGCCAGCUCUCACCAGAUUCCUGCUCUCGACGCUAUUGGCUUGGCCAACAGAGGCGAGGGAGAGAGUCUUUGCUACCACCAUGUUUGGCUCUCCAGGGGGAUCGGGCGGAUUGGUGCGGGAAUUGUGGAGGGGGUGGGUGAGAAGCAGCGCGUUGGCCAGGACGCUUGCCUCGGCAGAUAGCAAAGGUGACGGAGCGAGAGCUGCGCUAUCUACGCUGGAGGACGGCAAAUACGAGACGGACUGGUACCCAUUCAUCCUGCUCGUCGAGAUUUACUCGAGGACUCUGCUAACACUGGGCGACGAUGAGUUUUAUCCCGUCGGGCAGCACGGCAGAAUGUCCAGUGCAACUUCGGCUGGUCCGAGUGCGGGCGUGCCGACAUCCUCCCGCAAUCCGCUCUCUCUGGACGACGUCAUCUCCUUCUCUGCCCUGGUGCGCAAUCUGACCUUUGCGCUGUACUGGCUGGAAGGAGCGCCAGGAAGUAGCGGAGCGUCGCUGGACUUGCCGCUUUACGGUCUGCGGAUGCUGCGCUCGGAGCUGCGAAGCAUCUUGACUGCUGCACUGAGACAGAUCCAUGCCAGGGACGCGCGCAGACAAUUUGCACCCGAGGGACAUUGGCUCAUGACCAGCUCGAUGGAUCUCAACAGCUUCUUGGAAACCGUACUGCUGGAAGAAGAUGAGCUUGGUGCUGCUGCUGCUACUGCUGAUACUUCCACUGCUGCUGCUGCUGCUCAUGACGAUGCGGCAAUGGACCAGCAGAUGGACACGACUGAUGAUGGCCGGACUAGCGAAGAGGAGGCGAAUGCGACGGUCGAAAGCAGCGUCUCGAGACGCGUUAGAGCUCGGAGGGGAAAGAACAAUAACUUGACCGCGAGACAGUUGGCAUUCCUAAGUCCUAGACUCGGAAUCUUGAACAAUAUUCCCUUUGUCAUUCACUUUGACCUCAGAGUCAAAAUUUUCCGCCAAUUCAUUCGCAAGGAUCGCAAACGCAUCGGUCUGGACAAUAGGGUGCACCGCAUCAAUGCGUACCACAAAGUCAAAGUUAGACGAGGCUUUGUGGCCGAAGAUGGCUUUUCGCAGCUGAACCAUUUAGGACCUGCCAUCAAAGGGGAUGUGGAGAUCCAAUUUCAAGAUGAAUUUGGACAAUUGGAAGCUGGCAUAGAUGGCGGAGGACUGUUCAAGGAGUUUUUGACAUCUCUGGUCAAGGAAGCUUUCGAUACAGAUCGAGGACUGUGGCUCGCCACUGAACAGCAGGAGCUCUAUCCCAAUCCUCACUCCUACGCUCGACAAGCCGAACAGCUGGAGUGGUACGCGUUUUUGGGCCGCGUUUUGGGCAAAGCCAUGUACGAGGGCAUCCUGGUCGACAUCAAGUUUGCACGAUUCUUCCUGAGCAAAUGGUUGGGCAAGCAGGGAUACUUUGACGAUCUGGCAAGUCUGGACAGUCUAGAUCCCAACUUGUACAAGGGGCUCAUGUACCUCAAAAACUACACUGGCGACGUAGAGGCGGAUCUGGCGCUCAAUUUUACGGUCCAGGAUGACGAGUUGGGCGUGGUCAAAAGCACAGAGCUGGUUCCUGGCGGCAGCCAUAUUCCAGUGACGAAGGAGAACAGGCUGAGCUACAUCUACCGAAUGUCGAGGUACAGAUUGACGGGACAGAUAGCUUGGCAGUGCGACGCUUUCUUUAGAGGCUUGAGCGACAUCAUAGAUACGAGGUGGUUGAGGAUAUUGGAUGUGGAUGAACUGAGGGUGCUGGUUUGCGGAACGGAAGAACCGAUCGAUGUGGAGGAUUUGAGGAGGAACACCAUUCUUCACGCCUAUCACGAAAAGGACGAUGCCAUCUCUUUCUUUUGGCAAGCGCUGCAAAGCUUCUCGCCAGAUGAGCGGCGCGCUUUCCUCAAGUUCGUCACUUCUUGCCCCUCUCCACCCCUCCUAGGCUUUUCUCAGCUCAGUCCCAAAUUGGGCAUUCAGAAAUCUUCAGACGAUACGAGCAGAUUGCCCACUGCUGCCACGUGCAUGAACCUGCUCAAGCUUCCCAAUUACACCUCGCUCGAACAGUGCAGGAGCAAGCUGCUCUACGCUAUCAAGAGCGGCGCAGGCUUUGAUCUCUCUUGAAUCAGCCUCACUCGCGCGCUCAUCUACGCACGCGCGGGCCUUUGCGCCCACCUCAUCAACAUCACAAGCACCCUCCACCACGGCACUUCCACACAUUGUCGGAGACUAGCUUUCCUGAUCCUCCAUUUGUAAUACAUCUCGACCCCUCUUCACUAUCCACGUAAAGCCCAUCAUCGCAUUCGCAAGUCAUAUCGUUACACGCAGUC